GUUUACUUUUCUUGUCUUGGCAGGGCAACGCAGGGGUCGGCGAUUGGGGAAUCCCCCCAAACAACGCAGGCCUCUCCACUCUUCUCCAAAGUGGAACGAAGCUCUCCCGCUGCCGCAUGCGGACCCGGCCGGUGUGGGGUUCGACAUUCGCAAUUCCCUUGCGGUCACAGCUCGCGACUUGAGAUGGAAAUAUUUGUCUGAUAACUUUCAAGUUUCCAUUCCAAUUCCUUUUUUUUCUCUCUCAGGUUUCCUUCACAAGGACUAACCCGAGGGAAAUACCCAGCAACGAUGAAAGCAACACCGAACCUUCUCCUCCUUUGGGGUACCUACCUUCUCUCCCGCACCUCUGCCCACGUCAUCGACAACAAGAUUUACCAACAACAACCACUCAUCGUCGAUGAUGCUUCCAUCUCUCCCCUCCAGAUCUCUACCUCAUCCGCUGCCAACGAUGGGCCAUCCUACCGCAAGAACCUCCUCUCCCUCCACAAAUCCCUAAUCGAAAUCCCCUCCAUCUCUCGUACCGAGCAAGAAGUCGGCAAGUUCCUCCUCGAUUACCUCCGUAACAACCUCGGCUACGUAGCCAAGGCCCAAUUCCUCGAAAGCGACAAGACUUCCCACGGCUCUGACGGCGAUGACCACUCCCAAGGGCGCUUCAACGUGCUCGCCUGGCCCAGCUCGCACAACCUGUCCAGUCCGCGCGUGCUAGUCACCUCGCACAUCGAUGUCGUCCCGCCCUUCAUCCCUUACCACAUCAACACCCCUGGGGGAUCCGAUCAAGUCACGUCCGACACCUUCAUCAGCGGGCGCGGCUCCGUCGACGCCAAAGCCAGCGUGGCCGCGCAGAUCGUUGCGGUCGAGGAGCUCAUCCGCGCCAAGGAGGUCGACCCGGCCGACCUGAUGCUCCUCUUCGUCGUGGGCGAGGAGAUCAGCGGCGACGGGAUGAAGGCUUUCUCAGCCGCUUACAACGAUCAAGACGACGCUGACAAGAGCAACAACAACAACAACAAGAAGGAGUUGCCCCGGUUGCAUUUCAACGCGGCCAUCUACGGCGAGCCAACCGAGAACAAGCUCAGCUGCGGACACAAGGGCCACGCGGGCGGGUUGCUCAAGGCGCAGGGAAUCGCGGGUCACUCGGGUUACCCGUGGCUGUUCAAGAGCGCCACCGAAGUACUGGUCAAGGCGCUCGCAAAGAUCAUUUCGGCGGACCUAGGCAGCAGCGAGCGCUACGGCAACACGACGGUGAACAUUGGUACCAUUGCUGGUGGCGUGGCGGCGAACGUGAUUCCCAAGGAGGCGCAGGCGAAGCUGGCCAUCCGCGUGGCGGCGGGCAACCAGACGACGGGCGCGGAUAUUGUGAGGGAGGCGGUGGACAAGAUCUUGAAGGAGACGGAUGCCGAGGCGUUCACGAUGGAGUGGAACGGCGGGUAUGGUCCUGUGGAGUGCAAUUGCGACGUGGAUGGUUUUGAGACGAUGGUGGCGAGCUAUGGGACGGAUGUGCCCAACUUUGAGGGUGACCAUGUCAGUUAUUUGUAUGGCCCUGGAAGCAUCUUGGUGGCGCACGGUGAUGAUGAGGGCUUGAAGGUUGGCGAUUUGGAGACUGCGGUGGAGGGGUACAAGACGCUUAUCAAGCAUGCCCUUGCUGCUUGAAAAUUAGGUUGUUUGUGUUUGAUGGGUUUAUGACUAUGAUGAGAUAUGGAUUACGAGAUGUUGGAUAUGUGAACAUGCAAGCGAAUGAAUUCGCAAAUCAUCUUCAUUCUUUACUUUUCAUUAUAGAUGGCACGCCAGUCGCUCAGAGGUAUGUAUGUACGUAUAUGUUUUGACCAGUGAAAGCCCAUUCCAUCCAGAUAUUCAUUCGCUAUUAGUACGUUUUUUUUUUUUUUUU